GCAUUUUCAAAACAAAGGACCACAGAUUCCAGCAGCACACUAGCAGCUGUCUCACAAUGACUUCUGUUGCUUUUAGCUGACAUUUUUCACCGGAAUUAACAGAAACCUUGUAGUUGUUGUUGUUGUUGUUGUUGUUGUUGUUGGUGUUUUAUUCCCUCCAACAUGGCGGGUCCGCUGCUGGAGUUUGAGACGGAGAUGUUCCUCAGUCUGUUUGAGGUUGACGGGCUGCUGGUGGCGGCGGAGGGCAUGGGGAUAGACCGCAUCCUGCUGCAGUUCAUGCGGGUUUACUCCGAGCAGGGCAGCCUGGUCCUGCUGCUGAACACCACCACACCUGAGCAGGAGUAUUUCACAGAGCAGCUGCGAGCGGAGGGUGUGACCCACCUGCCGAGGACGGUGACCAGCGACGUGCAGAGCGCUGAGAGAUACAACGUGUACACAGAGGGGGGGGUGCUGUUCGUCACCAGCAGGAUCCUGGUGGUCGACUUCCUCACCGACCGCGUCCCCGCUCAUCUGAUCUCAGGCAUCCUGGUGUAUCGUGCUCAUACAAUCAUCGAGUCGUGUCAGGAGGCCUUCAUCCUUCGUUUGUUCAGACAGAAGAACAAGACGGGCUUCAUUAAAGCGUUCACUGACAAGGCCACGUCCUUCUCCUCCGGAUUCUGCCAGGUGGAGCGUGUGAUGAGGAACCUCUUCGUCAAGAAGCUCUACCUUUGGCCCAGGUUUCAAGCGUCAGUGAACACAGCGCUGGACAGACACAAGCCGGAGGUGGUGGAGCUCAACGUGUCGCUGACUCCGGCCAUGAGGGCCAUCCAGAGCUCCAUCCUGGACAUCAUGAGCGCCUGCCUGAAGGAGCUGAAGCGCUACAACCCCAGCCUGGAGGCCGAGGACCUCUCCCUGGAGAACACGCUGGGAAACGCCUUCGAAAAGACGAUUCGUCACUACCUGGACCCCCUGUGGCACCAGCUGGGGUCAAAGACCAAGGCUCUGGUCCAGGACCUGAAGGUGCUGAGGGUGCUGCUGCUCUACCUCACCCAGUACGACUGCGUCACCUUCCUCAAUCUACUCGAGUCUCUGCGCUCCAGUCAGAAGAACUUUGGAUCCAACUCAGGGUGGUUAUUCCUCGACUCCAGUACCUCCAUGUUUAUGAACACCAGGGGAAGAGUGUACCGCUUCCCAGAGAGCAAGAAGAAAGUCAAACUGGGAGUGGAGGCAGAGAAACCGAAGCCAUCCUCAGAGGUGAAACGGCAGCUGGUGCUGGAGAAGAGCCCGAAGUGGGAGGCUCUGACCGAAGUACUGCAGGAGAUCGAGAAGGAGAACAAGAUCUCUGAACAUGAACCAGGUCGGGUUCUGAUCUGUGCCAGUGAUGACCGGACCUGUGCCCAGCUGCAGCAGUACAUCCGUCUCGGCUCCGACUCGCUGCUCCACCGCCUCUACGCCCGCACUGUCGGCAAAAGUGACGCCGCUGCAGCCGCCGCCCUCGAUCUCGAUUGCCACAAAAAGGGCAACAGCUGGUCGAAAAAAGGAGACAAGGGAAAAGAGCCGGUGCAGAAAAAACCCACAAAGAGUAAAAAAAGACCCUCGCUGACUCUGACCCAGAUGGUGGUUAAGGACGGGGCGGAGGAGGCGGCCAUGAUGGGCAGCAGUGGAGACGAGGAUGAGGAGGAGGAACAGAUGAAGCUGGAUUUGUCAUCAGAUGCUUAUUAUGGAGUUCUGAAGGAGCCGCUGACUGUCAUCCACCCUCUGAAGGGCCUCACUGACCCCCACAGCCUCACCAGGGUGCUUCACGAGGUGGAGCCCAGCUUCGUGGUGCUGUACGACGCUGAGAUCAGUUUCGUUCGCCAGCUGGAGAUCUACAAAGCUAGCCGGCCCGGGAAAACACUGAGGGUGUAUUUCCUCAUCUAUGGAGGCUCCACGGAGGAACAGAAGUACCUGACGGCGCUGUCCAGGGAAAAGAAAGCCUUCGAACACCUCAUCAGGGAAAAAGCUACCAUGGUGAUCCCAGAGGAGAGGGAGGGGCGGGAAGACACUAACCUGGACCUGGCAAGGAAUUUAGGGCCUGCAAACGCCACCACCAACACCCGCAAAGCAGGAGGUCAGGAGCAGCCCAAAGAGCCGUCCCGAGUCAUCGUAGACAUGCGUGAGUUUCGCAGUGAGCUGCCCUCGUUGCUGCACCGCCGCGGGCUGGACAUCGAGCCCGUCACCCUGGAAGUGGGCGACUACAUCCUGACCCCGGACACGUGCGUCGAGCGGAAGAGCGUCAGUGAUCUGAUUGGCUCCCUGCAGAGCGGCCGCCUCUACACUCAGUGUCUCUCCAUGACUCGAUACUACAAAAGACCAGUGCUGCUCAUUGAGUUUGACCCAGCAAAACCCUUUUCCUUGAUGGCACGCUCUGAUUUCCGUCAUGAGAUAUCGGCCAAUGACAUUUCUUCCAAACUCACCUUACUCACUUUGCAUUUCCCUCGGCUCCGUAUUCUCUGGUGCCCGUCCCCCCACGCCACUGCCGAGCUCUUCGAGGAUCUGAAGAAAGGUCGCCUGGAGCCGGAUGGUGCCGCGGCUCAGGCCGUCACAGCCGAGUCAGACAUGGUGGCCGAAUCAGCUGACCUCUACAACCCCGGGCCGUAUGACUUCCUGUUGAAAAUGCCUGGGGUUAAUAUGAAAAACUACAGGGCUCUUGUGAAAAACGCAGACAGCCUGGCAGAUUUAGCCAAACUCAGCCAGGAAAGGUUGGCAGAAAUACUGGAGAAUGCUAAAAAUGCUAAGCAGCUGUUUGAGUUUCUGCAUAAUGAUGCUGAUGUCCCUGCUCCUGUGCAGAAGGGCAAGCAGACAUGAUGGGUGUGGAAAUUGAAUUGCUUCAAGAGGGAUUAAUCAAAUGGGCUUUCUUCUUCUUCAAAGCAUCUGACUUAUGUAAUUAUAAUGUUCCUGGUAUCAGGAGGAUUAGUUUUCAUGUACAUUUUGAUGAUAAUGGCAUGAUCAUGCAGACUGAAUUCACACCGUACAGAAUGAGUCUGUCAUCAAAAAGUAUUAUAUUUAUGUACAGAAUGAACUGAUAUACUGCAAUGUUUUUUCUAUUGUAUUUUGUAAACUACUCUGAAAAUGGGACAUGUUCUUAAAUAACUUGGCAAGAAUCAAAUAAUUUAUAAUUGUUUUGUUUACCUUUUUGUUUAAAUAAAUAAAUCUUUCUAGAA